AUGGGGAGACCUUGGUUUCUGUCGCCGCUCUGCUUCUCUUCUCUCCCCUGCAGAAACGGUUUCAUUCUUGUUUCGCUUCUGUUUGUGUUUCUGCCGCCUCCUGCUCUCUUCCUCUCUCUUCUCCUCUGCAUUCUCCGCCUGUCUCGCUCGAGCAAAACGCGGUCUCUGUUCUUCUCGACAGCCUCUCUUCACCGUCUCGCCUUCGUCUUGCGCGUUCCACUUCGCCUGUGCUUCCUGCCCUGUUCUCCAGAAAACCUUUCCUCCUUCUUCUCCCCCUGCUGUUCCAGCCUCCCCUUUCCACGACCUCUGCACUGUGCAGCUCAAAAAUCCUCUCCCCCUUCUUCUCUUCAGCGUGCAUCUGCCCACCACACAUCACAUGGCCGAGAAGAUGCGAGGCAACUGCGCCCUCUCUGUCCGUCGGGGAUGUCUCCCCCUGUUCUCUCCUUUCGCUCGAUUCUCCUGUUUCUCUCUCGUUUCCUCGUCUCCACUUUCCUGCGCAUGCACCUCCCCCAGUUAGUGAUCAAAUGCGUCCUUUCGGCUGUGAGAAGGCGACGGAGGGAACCAAGACAGCGGAUCCAUUCGCUCCUUCCUCUCCUUUCCUCCCUUCUUUUGCUGUCCAAAACUGGAGAGCCUCCCGCCACCGCUUGGAGCCUUGAGAUCGCCGCCGUCCGUCCCUCCGCUUGUUCGUCGACGCUUCGCUUCUCUUCUCCCUCUCGUUUCUAUCCCCAUUCUGUCUCGUUUUCCUCGUUUCUGCCUUCCUGCGAGUUCCAGUCUCCCUCUGUCUCUUCGUUUGCGCCUCGCGCCAACUGUCACGGUUCUUUUGGACCGCCGUCUUCUUCUCGCUUACUUCCAGGAGCUCGACAAGAAAGGUCUCUUUUCGCGUCUGCCUUCUCGCCUUCCUAUUCCUCGACUCCAGAAAAAGCUACACGUCUUUUCUCCGGACUUCCUCUCUUCCAUGCUGCUUUCUCUUCCUUCUUUCGGGAGCCUCUUCUGUCUUCACUUCACCGCGCCCAUGCCGCGUCUUGUCCUCUCACCUUCUCGCUGCUGCCUCUCAGUCGCCUCUCUUAUGUUGGGUCGUCCUUCUCGCCUUCGUUCGUGUCUCCUCCUCGCUUGUCGCUUUCCCCCCUGCCUCGUCCAUCUCUGCCUCCUUCUUUGCUUCCUUCUUCCUUGUCGCGUUCGUUUCUGCCCCUCUCCUUCUCUGCUUCUCCACAUUCGUUAUCGUUGUCUCCACUUUCCAGCGGCUGUUUGUCCGCUCUGGCGCCUCCUUCUGGCGUUGGUCCUUCCUCUCUCCUCUCUGCUGCUUCGCCCACACCUUCAGCUCUUUUCUCGGAACUCCUCGGCUCGGCUUCGUCGCUUGGCUCUCAGCCACCCGAGGACGCAGAGAGGCGCGACCAGUUGGAGACGAGGAGGCUGCCUCUGCAUCAGAUGAAGGGGACUGGACGCGAACACAGUCCACAACCAAGGAGGCCAAGAUACACCGGCGGUCCACACCACGCCGAACGCGUCCCCGAAACAUUUCCUUCACACAGAUUUCCUCCACAGUUGUAUCCUCCGCCGUCUCCUCCACCGUCUCCUCCACCGUCUCCAUCACCAUUGCCUCCACGGUCUCCUCCACUGUCUCCAUCACCAUUGCCUCCACGGUCUCCUCCACUGUCUCCAUCACCAUUGCCUCCACGGUCUCCUCCACUGUCUCCAGGCUCGACGACGCCCCGUGCACACAGUCGUUUUUGCGGGCGCGCUCCAGCGUUUCGAAAUGGACAAACUCGUCGAGAGAUUCCCUCAGGCGCGUCUGCGCUCGAGCCAAAUGCUGUCGCCCCUUUCUGCCACCACCGGGCGGAGACAGAGGCGAGAGACCCUCUCAGCGCGCGGAGUCUCGAGGACUCGCCUCGGCACCCGCGUCUCUGUCGCCUUCAGCAUCUUUCACGCGCUCUCCGUUGCCCGGAAAGGCCUGGGGAGUCCCCGGCAGAGACCUCUGCUCCCCGGCAGGGAUCCCCGCUGUCUGCGUUUCACUUGCGCCCAACGCAUGGACAGCAGGCCGCCUCGAGGCGGCAGCUGCCUGCUGGGCCUUCGUCUGGCUCACUGCUGGCCGGCCGUGAACAGCGCGGCGCAGCGAGAAGACGGCCGGAGCCUGGCGACGGAGGCGCGAGCUUCAGACCGGAGACCGAGGGUGUCCCGUGGUCCCCGAGGAAACCCAGAGGGGCUCUGAGAGAUCGACCUGCAGACGCGGCGCUGGGGAUUCUUGAAAAAGAAAAAAGAGCCAAUGAAAAACGAACAAACCAAGCAGUGUCGCCUGACACGAGGUUGGAGAUUGGUGCCGUGUAUGAGGCGGUCGUUACCAACGUCGCUUCUGGUCAGAGGGCGUUUCUCCGGCUCGUGAGGCGCGUCUCGCCGGUCUCCGAGGAGACUGGGGCAACGGCGAAGGACGACGGGGGGGCAGAAGGCGUUGGGACUGCACCCGCUCGCAGUCUCAACGUCGCAGUGACUGUACACAUUUCCAGGAUUUCGCGGAGCAUGCGCGUCGGCGGGGAGACUCGGACGCGUUCGCCGGCAAUUGGGGAGAUCCUGUCGCUCGGUGCUUCCGUCCUCGUCACGCCCCUCCCCGUUGGUUCCGAGUCGCCGUUUGCAGCCACCCAUGUGACUGGAAAUCUUCUGCGCGAGGUCGCCGUCCUUGCCGACCCUGGGGAGGCUGCGGCUGCUGUCGCCGACGCUGAACGCUUAGAUCGCAGAUUCAAGAGUCCCCUAUCUUCCUCUCCUCACCAUCCUUCGCUUUGCUCAUCUGCUUCCCCUCAGUCGUCUGCUUCUCCGCAGUCUUCGUCUUCGCGUAGAGAAGACGAUGUGGGCGAUUUGGAAGCGAGCCGUGCAUUUGGGUUCGAGGAGAAGUACUGGCCUCGCGAGCCUUCCUUCGGAUCUGAGAGCGGGGCCGCAGACGGCGGUCGAGGCGGAGAGGCGAGGAAGGAGAGACGAGCCUCACGGCGAGAGGGAGAGAAGAGAGAGGAGAGCAAGCUCGCAGCAGAGACCGCUCUGCCGCCAGCCGCUGUCGGACUGGAGGUCGACGCGAGAGUCAUUCGCGUCGAAGAGGGGUACGCCAUUCUGAAACUCGCCUGUGCGGCGCCGCAGGCGCUCUUGUCGCCCUCGUCUUUGGCCGCUUCGGGAGACAGGGAAGGCCAAGGCGCGCCACACGGUGCUUCCGAUUCUCUGUGGGGAUUUCUGCACUGGUCCUCUGUUCGCUUUCGCGUUCCUGGAGCUGCGGGCAGACGCGAAGCGGCGCGCGAGUUCGGUGAAGAAGCCGCCUCAAGAGGGACUUCAAACCUAUCCCCAAAACGCAUUGAUCUGCGUCAGCUGAUGACGCUUGGCGAGGUUGUGCGGGUGCGGCUGAAGGCGCCACCGAGUGAUACAUCUCCUCGGUGGCAAGUUCUCUUUUCCUGUUCCACGUCUCCUUCGUCUUCUUCUUCCCCUUCGUCUUCUUUUUCUUCUUCUUCUUCGUCUUCUUCUUCCCCUUCGUCUUCUUCUUCGUCUCCUUCUUCAUCUUCUUCUUCUUCGUCUUCUUCGUCUUCUUCAUCUUCUUCGUUUCCUUCCACUUCUCCUUGUUCUGCUUCCGUCCGUGGUUCUAGCUCGAAAGAGGCAGGCACUGUGGGGGUAAGCCGCCAAGACGAAGGCGACGAGCAUGCAUUCGUAGACGAGAUGGGAGAGACUGAAGAACAUCAAACCACGAGCGCCGAGUUCUUUCUCGACGACGAAGGAGGGCCAGUGGAAGCAUCUCUCGCGCACUCCGCGCGGGGCCGGAGACGCGGGGGGCACUCGCGCCAACCUGCGAAGCCGCGCGAAGACGAAGAAGACUCUUUUUCGCGCAAAGAGAAACAUCGGCCGCGGCGAGCGGCUGCAAACCGAGAGGGCGAGCUCCGUCCCCCCGGUCUCUCAGACUUGCGCUCGAAGAUGCAGAUGCAGCUGCACCCUGCGACGUUGUCGUCUUCGUCGCCGGUGGAGGCUGCGAGCGCAGCUGCGGAGGACGUCGAGGAGGGAGAGGUUGACGAUGAAGAACUGUGGCUGUUGCGAGAGGAGGCGAAGCUUCUCGCGCGUCUCAGAGAAGCAGGCGUCGAGACUGGCCCGCUGCGCGCCGGGGCGACAGAGAUGAAGAAAGAAGAAGAGUCUUCGAGACCUGCCGUCGUCUGCAUCUUAGGACAUAUCGACCACGGAAAGACGACGCUGCUUCGCGCGCUCAAACUCAAAGGUCUUUUGCGACUGCAAGCACCUGUCGAGAGAAGACGCGCGGCGCAGAUCGAGCGCGACCAGAAGAAGGAAAAGAGUGGAAAGGCGAGGAGAGGACCAGGGGACGAGCGAAUGUCGGUGGUGGAGGACGAACGCCUGCAGGCGAGGAAGAGGGAGAUCCUCGCCGCGGCUGUCGAGGCUGGAGGCAUCACGCAGCGUCUCUCAGCCUUCCAGGUGAGUGCGAUAGAAGAUUCUCCUUCUUCUCCUCCUCCUCCUUCUCCUCCUCCUCCUUCUCCGUCUUCGUCUUCUCCGUCUUCUUCUUCUUCGUCUUCUUCGUCUUCGUCUUUUUCUUCUUCUGCUUCGCCUUUGGCUUCCUCGGUGACAUUUCUGGACACACCGGGACAUGCCGCAUUUGAGCAGAUGCGCGAGCGGGCGACUUCAGGCGCCGACUUGGCUGUGCUGGUCGUAGCUGUCGACGAAGGCGUUCAACCGCAAACUGCGAGAAGCAUCCAAAUGUGCCGUGCCGCGAAUGUUCCCGUUGUGGUCGCUCUGACGAAAAGGACUCGCCUGUCUCUCUCGUCCUCCCGCGCCUUGCCGUCGCCCCUCGCUGCUUCUUCGGAGUCUCUUCUUUCUUCGCCUCCAGUGGUGAGAGUUCUCUCGCAGUUGGCUGAGCAUGGCGUGGUGACAGAGCCUCUCGGCGGCGAUGUGCAGGUCUCCCUUGUCGACGCCAAAUCUUUUCUGGACAGCUUCUCCGAGAAGAGAGCACGGAAGAGACAGCAUCUCGCGCCAGUCCCUAGGCAAACGCGGCUAGACGCAAAGGCGCAGCCAGCGACAACGCAGGAAGGGAGCUCCGAGCCCAAGAGCAACCGCCCACAGAGCCGAAACGACGAGGGCGAAGACGAAAGAGACGAGAACGAGGAAGACAGAGAAGAAGCGGAAGGAGAGGUAGAAGAGACAGAAGGAGAGGAAGAAAGGCCCGACGAUUUGGAUGACCUGAUCGAAAAGAUUUUCUUUCAAGCAGAACUUCUGGAACUGAAAACGAGUUUGACAUGUCCAGGCGAAGGACUGGUGAUGGAGGCCUUUGUAGCAAAAGGCGUCGGAGGCUGCGCAUCGAUUCUGCUGAAGCGCGGCUCUGUCAGGAAGGGAGCGACGGUCUUGGCUGGACCUUCUGUGUGUCGAGUGCGACGUUUGCGUCUCCGCGGCUGUGGGGAUGGAGACACCGAGACAGGCAGGGCGGCGCUUCUUCGCGCAGCUGCGCCUGCGAGUGGGCCAAGGCGGAAGAAGGGUGAAAGAUCCCUUGACUUGAAGAACGGAGAGACAGAGAAAGAGUCGCAGGAGAGAUCUCUUCCUGAAUGCAGUGAGGGCAAAUCGGGAACGGAAGAGAUCGAGGUCGAUGCCGCCUUCGCGGGGGAGAUUGUCGACGUCUGCGGCUUUCCCUCCAACAAUCUGCCUCUUCCUGGAGAAACAUUUGUUGUCAUCAACAGCGAUGCCGAUGGCCGCCAACUGGCCGAGCUGAACAAACGGAAGCGACAACGCGCUGAAGAACUGCGACGCACAAGGGAGGCAAAGAUGCGCGUCCUCGACCGCCUCCUUCACGGAGAGGACGAGGCUCUGACUCUCCCCGUUGUGAUCAAGGCGGACCAGCAGGGAACCGCCGAGGCCGUCGCGUCGGCGCUCGCUGGACUUUGGGCUCCAACGCCCACAGCUCCCGCUCCGGCUGCGGUCGCGCCUUCUGUCUCCGCUGCUUCACUCGUUGGGCACAGUCCAGACGUUGGCGACUCGGCGGCAACACCGGCGGCCGCGCCCGCAGGCGAAGGCAAGCAGGUUCCGGGGGACGAAACCUGUGUUUCCGAGACCCCACAAAAGGAGACUGUCUCCUCAGAAGCAGAGCCUGACGCGGUUGCACAGGCGAUCCGAGAUACGUGGACGCGGCGGAUCGAGUACGAUGAAGGUCUGCGCCACAGAAGAAUGGGGAUCGGCGAGGCGAAAGAAGACACAGCGCAUACGGAAACCGGGAGCUCUUUGCAAGAGGCGAGCGCGCGCGAAGAGCAACCGUUGCGUAUGGUGUCUCCGUCGGCCUUCGCGCUCCGCAGUGGACCAAACUUACGGUCUGGCGUGAGUGGUUCAGAAGGAGACACGACAAGCGGUGGAGACCGAGCGGCUUCUUCAAGUUCGCCUGCUGAUACCGUACCACCUGCGUCGAGCGAGGGCGUUCUGGCGAAAAAAGAAGAGACGGGAGGGAUGCCUUUGGAGACAAGAGAGUCGGGGCGGCGGUCGGUUCAGGUGCUUCGUGCAAAGGCAGGACUUUUGUCGAUCGAAGACGUUCAGGCUGUGGCAGUCUCCAGGGAGCGAAGCAGAAGCGGAGCGGAGACACCAGAGCCGAAGAGGUCCCAGCCGGAAGCAGGAGUCGUUAUCGCGUUUGCGACGCCGGUCUCCCGACAAGUCAAGGAUGAAGUUGCUCGCCAGGGCGCGACGCUGGUCACUGCCGAUGUGAUCUACGACGUCGUCUCACAGGUCGAGCGGAUUUUGAUGCGAAAGAACUUGUUCUCCCCCGAUGACGAGGAGACAGGCGAGCAGGCUGGGAACACCCGAGUCCUGUCUGCCGGAGCGGGCAGGCGUAAGAAGGCCCGCGAACAGCGCGAAGACGCCGCUGGAAAAACAGACGAGCUGAAUCCCUACACUGGAAAGGCGAGAGUCAAGGCACUCUUCCACCUCAAGACUGGCCUCGUUGCAGGAUGCAGCGUUGACGAGGGCGAAGUUACGCUCGGGGCGCUUGUGCAGGUCACCCGCGACGGACGUCUGCUCUUCGAGAGGUCGGUCAUCUCCGUGCGAGUCGGUCCCGACGCCCAGACGACUGUUCGCGGCCCGGGGACUGAAUGCGGAGUGAUGCUCGACGGCGAUGUCUCCGACUUGGCAGUUGGAGACGUUCUGCUCUGUAGCCGGCCAUGCAGGGAUGGAAAGAAGAACCCCGUCGCCGCUUCGCAUCCCACGAGCUCGAGUUCUGCUUUAAGUUCAGGAGAUCUUUAA